AUGUCGAGAGAGUGGGGGGCGAAAGGUGGGGGUGGAAUACUGCAUACCAUCUUCUUUCACCGAUACUUUCCUUCCAUAAGGCCAUCCAGCAUCGAAGUCCUUGAUCUCACCCUCCCUCUCGUUGCCGACCCUGAGCUCGAAACCUUGAUAGAUACACGCGUUGGACAACUCAUACGCCAAUUGUCCUCUACUUCCUCCCCGAAGAGCAGCGUGCGGGGCUCUCUAGUUGUACAAUUCUUUGAGAAGAAGAGGAGGAAAGGCGGGGGCCUGGGUUGGUUCACGGGUGGAGCCAAGGGUGAUGAAGAGGUUUGCUGGGAGUCUUGGUGCUUGGAGGUGACUCUGGCUACGCCAAAGACAGAGAUGGAACGGACCAAGGUGAUGAAGGCCAUCGGAUCAACGUUGCAGAAAACAGCCAUGAAGAUUAUCACGCUUGUCAAUCGAGAUAAGGAUCACAUACCACCAAUAACCACUAGCGAGACGAAUCCGUUUCCCUUCCACAUAGAGUUGAAUCCACGUGUAGAGGGUUGGGGAAAAGGCAUUGGAAUGUUUUGA